AUGGCGCCUGCGAGGAGUGAGGCCGCGCCACAUGAUACAAGCAAUAAUGUUCAUCCAACUAUUCCUCCGCCUGCAGGACCCCAUCCCUCUUACAUCCAGGUUGCGAAGCCCUAUGUCUUUGAGCGGACUGUCCAUGAAUGUAUAGCAGCCACUGGCGUUGACCAGCUCAGGGAAGACAACAUUCGACUCCAGGGCAUCACCUGGAUCGAUAAUGUCCGGAAAGCUCUUCAUCUACCAGUCCGCACUUUCAACACUGCGGCUAUUUAUUAUCAUAAAUUCAGGCUUGUACACCCGGAAAGCGAGUACAACUAUCUCGAUGCGGCAGCAGCAGCGCUCUUUAUUGCGUGUAAGAUUGAGGACACUCUCAAGAAAUCGCGUGAUAUCCUCUGCUCAGCGUAUAAUCUCAAGCUUCCGCCAGCAGAACACCUCUCUGCAGAUGAUCCGUUGUUUGAAUCCCAUUCACGCGGGAUAAUUGGCCUGGAACGGCUUAUGCUAGAGUCAUCGGGAUUUGACUUUCGCAACCGCCAUCCCCAAAAGCCACUUAUAAAACUAAUAAAGCAUUUUAAUUUUGACAAGAAUUCGAAAACGUCGCGAGUCGCGUAUGGCAUGAGUCUUGACCUUUACAGAACCUUUGCUCCUCUAAAACAGACUUCAGCAACUAUGGCCUUUGCAUGUCUGGAGCUGGCGGGUCGGCUUCUCAACGACCGCCAUGAACGCGUCGAGUCCGGGAGGGUAUAUAGACUCUGGCUAACCUCUCGCGAAGAAAUAAUGGAGACGAUGCUCGACUUACUCGAACUCUACACGCAUAAUCGCAGCUUAACCUCCAUUGGUCCUGAUUUUCCCCUCGACCUCUUCCUCAAUAUUCGAAUCCCGCUCAAUCAAGAGGCAGAUUCUAAGAAGUUCCCUCGCUUCACCUAUUGGGAGUCCAAAAAGUCGAGCACCAACGGUGUCAAAACAUCGAACGGGGCGAAAUAUAACGGCGACGGUCCCAAGACCGGACGUCUGGCAAACCCUCUAACUCCCAUGGCGGCUCACGAAUCACGAAGCAAGGCAGGUGAACGAGGUCGCGAAGGCACCAUUCGAUUCAUGCUCUAUCCUGAACAAGCGAAGGCGGAACGGGAAACUGUUGCGGCAUACUUCAAGGUGGAGAUGGAGGAGUAUGAGGAGGACGAAUAG